CCGCGCACCGGUCGUCGCGGUGGUUCCGAACAGAUCCCGUUCCCCGGUUCCGUCGCCAUUACACCGGAGCGGGUGUCACAAUUCGCCGACAAACACGCGCGCGCGCGCGUGCCGCACCUACCGGCUACACACCCGUGCGGCGCGAACCACUGCAUUUUAGUUGUCCGGUAUCGUUCUCUCUCCUGGUAUUAUCGCCGCCGCAGGCCGCUCCUGUUCCUGCACGCGCCCCCCGACGGCGUAUUGCGUUCAUGACGACUGCCGAAUAAAUGAGUCGCACUCCGACUACGGUGCAGGUGUGCCUGUGAGGGUGACGGUGGCGUUGCAGCAGGUACUUCGUAGGCGGACACUGGUGUCACCUCUCGGGUGUUGGUCGAGAAGUCGUCGUCGUCGUCCACGUCUGUAUCAUAUAACAGUCGUAUUAAUUCAUAAUGGGUCGAUACAGCGGGAAAAAAUGCCGACUCAUCACCAUGUUUUGGCUGACGACGUUUUUCUUUUUGGUGGAGAUCAUCGUUGGCUAUAUAACCAACUCGAUGGCCCUUGUCGCGGACAGCUUUCAUAUGCUCAGCGACGUCGCGGCGUUGGUGGUCGCAUAUUUAUCGGUUAAAAUGUCACCUAAAAAAUGGUCAAAAAACACAUUUGGAUGGGCUAGAGCUGAAGUACUUGGAGCACUAGUAAAUGCUGUGUUUUUAGUAGCUUUGUGUUUUUCAAUUACUGUUGAAGCUUGUAAGAGGUUUAUUGAAGUAGAGACCAUUCACAACCCUAAAUUAAUUGUCGUAGUUGGAAUUUUGGGAUUAUUUGUCAAUAUUUUGGGUUUAUUUUUGUUCCAUGCUCAUGGCGGAGGAGGACAUGGUCAUUCACAUGGUGGUAUAUCUCGCAGCCACACGCGACUAACUCAAUUAGUAAGCGCUGGAGCAAGUGCCAAUGCUACUGAUGAUAAUGAUAAUGAUCAUCGUUUCAAUGUACCACUUAAUCACACUCAUGAAUCUUCUGCUGGUCAUAUGAAUAUGCGAGGUGUAUUUUUACAUCUUCUGGCUGAUGCAUUAGGUUCAGUCAUUGUAAUUGUAUCAGCUUUGAUUGUGUGGUUGACCGAUUGGAAAUACCGUGAUUACAUUGAUCCUGCUUUGAGUUUGUUAAUGGUUAUAAUAAUCUUACACUCAGUAUGGCCAUUGUUACAAGAGUCUGCACUUAUACUACUUCAGACGGUUCCUACUCAUAUUCAAGUGGAUGCCAUCCAGAAACGACUUUUAGACAGAGUGGAUGGAGUUUUAGCUGUACAUGAGUUCCAUGUGUGGCAACUAGCUGGAGAUAGAAUCAUAGCAUCUGCACAUAUAAGGUGUAGGAACUUGCCAGAAUAUAUGAAGUUAGCAGAAAAAGUUAAAGAAUUUUUCCAUAAUGAAGGUAUUCAUUCAACUACCAUCCAGCCUGAAUUUGUGGAAGUUGAAAUAACAGAAAAUAGGAACGAAAACCAAACCCCUACUGAAGACUGUGUAUUAGAUUGUCCUAAAACUGACAUACAGUGUCAAUUGCAAACAUGUUGCGGCCCAUCAAAACAGGGUCGCGACACACCAUCUCCUGUUGACACACCAUAUUUGUGCCGACAACGUAAUACUACUUCUGUUACUAUUGACGCCACCAACAAUUUACAGACUGUCAAUACUCAGGAGAGCGAAAUGGAAAGUGGUGCACUAUUGGGUGAUAGAAUUAACAAUUGUCGUACUUCUGCAGGAGGAUUUAUCACUGGUGGAUAGUAUUUUUUCUAAAUUAUAACAAUUUUGUUUUUUUUUUUUAUAUAAGAUUAUUAUUAUUAUUAUGAUGAAUAACUUAGCACAUGGUUGCAAUUGAACCUAUUACAUCAACAAGACCUACCAUGAAAAAAAUAAACAAAAAUAUAACAAUAUAUAUUUGCUAUGAAUAUAAUAUAUUUAGUGAGAUAUGUAUCACUCUUUGCAAUGCGCAAUGUUAGAAGAUCAAAAUUAUAUGUGCUCUACACAUAUGUUUAUGUAAACAUCAACAAAAUAAUCUUAAGUUUAUUAUAUUUUUAAACAAUUUUAAUGACUUAUUAAUGCUCAAUUGUUGACAUUUACCAUGGAUCUGUAUUUGUUUGAUGAUGUAAUAUUGGAUGAGCGUUGUAAAUAAAACCAAAAUCUUUAUAAACAUUUAAAUUUUUACAAUUGAUUUUUUUCAAUAAAAUUGAUUAAUUAUUUAAAAUAUUUUUGACUGUAAACUAGAUAUAAUUUGAUACAAAUAAUUUUUUUUAGCUUGUAACCCAUAUUUUAUUUUAUUGCCUACCAAUUAAGAACGUUUUUAAAUAUCCAUUAUUAAUAUCAAGUAUAUGAAUGUAUAUUGAUAUGUAUACUAUUAGAUAUAAUAAUAAUUAAAAUUUUAAGUUAAAUCACAAUUUUUGGAAUAGUUUAUAUGAUGUUUUAUAUAAUAUUAAUAUAGGAUUAAUAAAUAUAUAUGUUUUUGAUUAUAACAAUAUUAAACAAUACGUUUAAAAUAUAAUUUCCAUAAUGUAGUAAAACAUAAUUGAGUAUUAUAAUAUGUUUAAAUACACAUUAUUUUUUUAAUCAGAUUUUUUAAUUAUUUAAUGUACCUGUUGACAGUGAGAUACUGUAGUAAUAUGGCCCUGACAUGUAAUAUUUCAGACAUUAACUGUCUGUAAAAUAAUGGGUACACAUUAUGUAUACUAUGUUUACACAUUUUUAUUUAUAGACUAAAUUUACUAUACUAAUUUAUUGAAUCUACAUCUAUAUCUUUUUGUUACUGGUUUUCAAAAAUGUCAGAAAUAUAACAAUUAACAUUAUAUGUAAUAUUAUAUAGAUAUAUAAGUUAUAUUAAUUAUAUUAUAUUUUUAUAGUCAUAUUUUUUGAUCAUAAAAUUCAAAUUUCAAGUAUACUUAGUA